AUGUCUAAUCUUCCUUCUGUACCUGAGGGCUGGAGAGUUAAAGAAUCCUCAAGCAGACCAGGCGUUUUCUACUACAUCAACAAAUUUACCAACGAAACACAAUGGGAAAAACCAACAAAAUCAGCCAAACCACUCGUCAAUAAUAAUAAUACUAAUAAUAAUAAUGAUGAUGGUGAGCAAGUCAAGGUUAGCCACUUGUUGAUUAAACAUAAUCAAUCUAGGAAUCCAUCAUCAUGGAAGGAAAAGAAUAUUACACGAUCGAAAAAGGAUGCUACGGAAAUAUUGGAAGGAUUGAGAGAGGAUAUUUUCAAUGCUGAAGAUAUGGCUGAAAAAUUCCAAGAAUUAGCCUCCGUCCAUAGUGAUUGUAGUAGUGCAAAGAGAGGAGGUGAUCUUGGCUUCUUUGGACGUGGUCAAAUGCAAAAACCAUUCGAAGAUGCUUCAUUCCGUUUAAAGAUUGGAGAAUUGAGUGAUAUUGUUUCAACUGACUCUGGAGUUCACAUCAUCUUGAGAACUGGUUAAAUAAAAAUCUAGGUGGUCAUGUCAAUUUCAAAUUCAUACUA